CUGAGUAAAGAGUUCCUUGUCUCACGCCUCUCACCAGUCGAAGCCUUGAUCGUGAGCUCACUCUGAGCCGGAGGAGAAGUGAAAAGGAAUAACUCGCUUCCGGCUCCAUUCCGCCGUUUUGCUUCGUCGGCAAGCCUUCUUGGCUUUUCUUGUUUAUGUUUUUUGAUUUGAUCGAAACGUACAAUCGAGAGCGUUUUCGCGUUCUUUUUGAUAGGGAAUUGGAAUGGGUGAUUAUAUGAGUAGCGAUGGCGAAUAUUAUUACGACGAUUACGAAGAUGAUAAUGGUGAUUGUUGCGACGACGAUGACGGAGAUGACUCUUUGGUUGGAUUUCAAGCCCUCGAGCCUGAGUUGCUUUCGGCCUACGCGAACCUUCCUUCCAUUAAGGUGAUCACAAAGGAGUCACUCUUGGCUGCUCAGAAGGAGGAUUUACACAGAGUAAUGGACUUGUUAUCUUUGAAAGAACACCAUGCGAGAACAUUGCUUAUUCAUUAUGGUUGGGACGUGGAUAAGGUGCUUGCAGUGCUUGUUGAGUAUGAUAAAGAUAAAUUGUUUGCUGCAGCCGGUGUACAAGUGCUGGAUGAUCAUGCUCUUUUCUCGUACCAGUCAUCGUCUUCUACCUUUAUGUGCAAUAUUUGCUAUGAUGAUGUAUCGGGCAAUAUGCUGACUGUUAUGGACUGUGGUCAUUACUUUUGCAAUGACUGUUGGACUGAACAUUUUCUUGUGAAGAUAAAUGGGGGCCAGAGUAGACGCAUUAGAUGCAUGGCACACAAGUGUAAUGCUGUUUGUGAUGAAGAAAAAAUCAGACAAUUAGUUAGCAGAAGGGACCCAAAUCUGUCGGAGAAAUUUGAUCGUUUUCUUUUAGAAUCAUAUAUUGAGGACAAUAGAAGAGUUAAAUGGUGCCCCAGCGUCCCUCAUUGUGGAAAUGCACUACGGAUUGAGGAUGACGAACUUUGCGAGGUUGAAUGUCCAUGUGGCAUGCAGUUUUGUUUUAGUUGUUUAUCUGAAGCUCAUUCACCUUGUUCUUGUCUCAUGUGGGAACUCUGGUCCAAGAAGUGCCAUGAUGAAUCAGAGACAGUUAAUUGGAUUACAAUCAACACAAAGCCUUGCCCAAAAUGUCGCAAACCAGUUGAAAAGAAUGGAGGCUGCAACCAUGUAUCCUGUUUCUGUGGGCAAUCAUUUUGUUGGCUCUGUGGUGGUGCUACUGGUAAAGAACACACGAAUACAUCUAUUGCUGGUCACAGUUGUGGGCGGUAUAAGGACGACAAUGAGAAGAAACGCGUGCUUGCAAAGCACUACCUUGAGCGCUAUAUUCACUACCACAAUCGAUAUAAAGCUCAUAUAGAUUCUUUUAAGCUUGAAUCUAAGUUGAAGGAAUCAAUAAUGGAAAAAAUAAACAUACUGGAGGAAAAUUUAUCAACAUCUAAAGAUUUCAGUUGGAUAAUAAAUGGACUCUACAGGCUCUUUAGAUCAAGGCGGAUUCUUUCAUAUUCUUAUGCAUUUGCAUACUAUAUGUUUGGUGAUGACCUAUUCAAAGAUGAAAUGAGCAAGACAGAGAGGAAAAUGAAACAAAAUUUGUUUGAGGAUCAACAGCAGCAAUUUGAGGCUAAUGUUGAGAAGCUUUCUUCAAUUUUAGAGGAGAAGUUUGAUAACUACUCCGAGAAUGACAUUCUGAGUUUUAGAAUGAGGAUUAUUGCUCUUUCUGUGACUACAGAUAAUCUCUGCCGAAACUUGUAUGAAUAUAUCGAGACAGAUUUGUUGGGUUCCCUCCAGCGGACAGUUCAGAGAAUAGCUCCUUACAGGUCAAAGGGUGUGGAGAAAGCCUCAUCCUAAUUAUUGGGACACUGAGAUUCAUAUAUGCUACUAACCUAGGUGAAAUGAUGGGUCUUCUCGGCUAUUAUUCAGCUUCCAGGGUCAGUUUAGGUGCUCUACCAAACAAUCAAUCUGUGGGAGAGAAAGAACAGAAGUGCUGAUCUUAACUUGCGCUCUGAGGAAAGCAUGAAGAAAAAUCAUUGAUUCCUCAGCGUUGAUGUAUAGAUAGGAAGCAGUUUAUUAGGAGCAGGCUGUUGCUUUUUGCAUAAAUGUUGACAUUAAUGUCUAUAAGUGUAAUUUUCAGGAACUUAGGAUUGUUUAAAAACGCCUUUAAAUAUCUAUUUAUCUAUCUAUGUACUCGAUGAAAGAAGAAGAUUAUAAAAUAAUGUUUAUUCUAUCAUAAAUUGAAUAAGAUUAGGUUGAUGAA